AGGGGCUCGACCAUGUAAGCCCCAUUUAUUGCGGUCUCUUCGGAGCCGAAUCGUCUUUGAGACGCGUUUCACCCCCCUUUGCAACGGCAAUGUGCCCGCGAAGCCGAACUCUUGAGCUGUCGAUGGACAGGUCUCGCGCACGAAGCCGAUCCUGCGGAGACGCAAGGCAGGCGACGGAACCUGACCGGACGGAACAUGACCGGACGGAAGUUCCCAUGGUUACUGCACCUUGCAUGACAGCAACGGACAAAGCAACCGGAGUCGCAGAGGCGUCAAAGGUUGAGAUUGACAAGUCGGACGUCAACGCAAACUCUUUGAACGUGGAUCAAUUCCUUCAGCCUCAGUGGUGGAUCCCUGAAGUGGAUGGGGUAUGCGUGGGUGACCAUCGCUUUCUUCAGGUUCUUGGUGAAGGCACCCACGGCCGUGUCUACAAGGUUGCAGAUCAACUUUGUGGAGGUUUCAAUGCCGUGAAGGUCAUCAGGAAAAAUCGCCUGAAGAGCAUGGACGAGGUCUAUGGAAUUGCAGGUGAGUGCAACACUCUGGCCUGGCUCAAGCACCCCAACAUCAUCCAGUUGCGCGGCGCAGUGCACGCCAACCAAAACUUCUAUGUGUUCAUGGAGUUCGCUGGAAACAUCUCGCUGCACAAUGUGCUGCAAACAAGGGAUGAGCAAAUUGGACUUGACCUGAAGAUCGCGCGCCAACUCUUCAAUCAGAUCGCUGACGCAGUGGCAUACUGCCAUUGGCACGGACUUGCACACUGUGUCCCUUAUCACAGACCAAAGCAUUUUUGGAUGCUGAAGAUUGUUUGUAUUUAUGGAUGUGUGUGUUGUGAAUCCAGGUACAACUGAAGGCUGUUUUCGUUUUUUUGCUUUUUGUUUUGCUUCGGCGACUCUUUAUGUUGUUAAGACGGUGAUCAUUUGUUUUAGUUACCGUAUUACUAGUGUUUUCCGGUUUUCGGUCCGAAAACUACGGGCUGAUUCCUAAAGCGCCUGUUGGCGCAGGAUGGUUUUCUUGACGCAGCAACAUGCCCAGGAUCUCAAACCGCAGAAUAUUGUGAUCAACGAGGAUGGAACACCAAAGAUCCUUGUUCUUCGCAUGGGCAAUCUGCCUUUUGAGAGAUGUGUACUAUUGUUUUGGCACGGACUUUGUUUUGGGCUGAACUUGCUGUGCAGUGACCUUGCUGCUCAGGGCAUAGCAGGCCGCAAAGGCAGUGUGAGUUCAGACCUGUGCUUGCCUGCACAUGGACUUGUGCACGCACACACCCACAAGCUACACCGACGCGUGCAACCAUUUACCAAAUGUCAAUCGGCGCAUGAUGUUGGAUGCAGCAAUGUGCUCAGUGAAGACCCGCUUGUGUGCACCUCUUCAGCCACGCGAGGCUUUACAAGUUGAUGUUGAAAUAGCAUGUUCGAAGCACGAGUCUUUUGCUAUUUGAGUACUUGGGC